CUCAUCAUGUUUAUCAUUUUGAUGUACAAUAUGUGUAUUUUGUGUAAAUAUUGAGGGAGUAGAUGCAGUUUAUACCCAUUACUUGGUUUCCAUUUUUUGCUUAGAAAAUUCUUAGCACACUAUUCCAUUAUACUUCCUAUUUUUUUGUCUUUCUAUGUCAUUGUUUGUGCGAGCAGAUAGAGACCGGUGUAACACCGGAAAGGGAAGAAGAAGUGUGAGAAAGAACAGUACUUGCCUUGCUUGCGGGUUUGCCAGUAAUAAGAAGUAUGCAAGGGAAUUACUUGCCCUGCUCGCAGCAGUGCAACUAAUUACCAUGAAGUAGGCCUACCGGUUAUUACCAAUCACCAAAGUUAAUUAAGGUGAAUUAUAAUUUACUUGAAUUUCUCGACUGGAAUCAAUACAGUAGUAUCGCUUGUCUAAUACAAAUGCUUGUAUUUAGAUGGCCUUUAGAGGGCGCCAUAGACUAAACUGAUGGGGACUUGUAAAAAGUAGCUCUAUAAAUGUUCUUAUUAAACACCGACAGCGAGACCUAAUCGAAAGGACAUAAAGCGUUACAUUCACCGUGUUAAGUGUGGUUAAGUGAUGGAUGUGGAUCAAAGAUUAGUUUAGCUCAAAGAUUUAGUUAACACGUAUUGCUUGGAUAGGCAUGACACCUUAUGUUUUGGCAUUAUGUUAAUAGUAUUGAGUGUAAUUUGGUGAGCUUUAUACUAAAGAUUUCUGCAACAAAAUGCCCCUGUUUGCUUUGAUUUGAGCACCUAUAACAUAGCGUUCUACUUCUGUUCAGUAAUAACGGUUACUUUUCUUCCAAAUGUAUGGACGGACCCUUUCACACGUCAGAUACAAGUUAAACGUCAACAUAUAUUUCGAUUGAAUACAAACUGCAAAAUAGAUCAUAUGUUUGUGUUCUGUUAGAAUAAACAUUUCGAAGAAACAGUCAACAAAUCAAUUCCAAUACUACAAGAAAAAAAUAUCCCAUUUGUUGCAACCUUCACUUGUUGACGCCUUCAUUUACGACUCACACCAAUGACAGGUCGGCAUAUGUUCCAAAUAUGGUCUGACAUUUUCUUAUGCCCGCCUUCUUUGUCGAUUCGACCAAUGAAAACUCACGGAACCCAUUCCCGGCUGCCGGGGAUACAAAAUCCAGAACAACAGUGACAGUAUUAUCGAUUAAUACCCUCCAAAGAUUAAUCCCUGAGAUGAGGCACUAAGGGAUUUUAAUCAUAGAUGCAGACGUGUUUUUAUUUUAGAGAAACAGUUGACACGACAGGUGCCAUAUAGGCUGCCGGUGAACAGGAAUGCGUUACGGGGCUCAAUUUUCUGGACGGCGGCGAUGGGAGUCGACGACCCCCGCAGGGUAGGAAAAGACCAAGGAGUAAAGAUUAGGAAGGUAGAAGUUACAACUGCGUGAGGGAAACGGACUUAACGAAGGCUGUGUGCAACUUCGCCUGCUUCGAGUGCCUUUAAAAUCUGACGUUUUUCAGAAUUUCACCGUAGGUAAUCAGUAAGAAACGCGUAAACGGUGGGAUUGUCCCAACAAAAGCAAAUUUGCUGCAUUGCCAGCAACAUUGCUCUUAUUAACCACCUGGUCCCUUGUGUAACUUGAUAAUGUGAAGUGCGGGUUCUUACUUUUAAAUGUAGCCUAUUGAUGUUAUUGCCAAGGGAAACCGUUGAUUUGGAGUAUAUCAACAUGUACCAGGAAUACAACGGACAGACAAUGAGGAUUUUUUAACCCCGCCGGCGGUCUACUACUGUCACUUGUGUUGCGCUUGGGCGCGAUGACCGGGCCGAAUUCCCCCAGCCGGUCCGGCACGUCGCCGGUCAAGCUGAGCAGGCACGGUCGGUCCAAGAGCACCAGCUCCCACUGCCUCCUUCGCUACGGUACCGGCGGCGGGGAGCAGUCGUCCGCGUCCCCGGCAAGCAACAGCCCCCGGUCGCCAGGUGAGGAGGAGGAGAAGGACGGCGGGGUGCUCUUCUACGUGAACCGGACCGGGUUCCCUAUCGAGACCCUCACCUGGGAGCGCAUGUGGACGCACGUCGCUAACGUGCAUCCCGAGGGCCAGGAGAUGGUGGACAGGAUUCGUAACGCUGCAUAUCCUCCUAAACAUACUGUGCCCUCUCUACCAAACUUCAGGCCAUCUAUGUCCGUCCCAGACUGGCUGCUCUCCGUCCAGAAUUACAUGAAGACCCUGCAAUACAACCACACGGGAACCCAGUUCUUUGAGAUCAAGAAGAGUCGACCGCUCUGUGGGUUGAUGGAGACAGCGAGGGAGAUGAUCAGAGAGUCUCUGCCAAUCAAAUGCCUGGAAGCCGUCAUCCUGGGCAUCUACCUGACCAACGGGCUGACCUCCCUGGAGCGCUUCCCCAUCAGCUUCAAGACCCAGUUCUCGGGCCACUGCUUCCACCACGUGGUGCUGGGCGUGUACUGCAACGGGCGCUACGGCUCCCUGGGCAUGAGCCGGCGCCGCGACCUGAUGGACAAGCCGCUGGCCUACCGCACCCUGGGCGAGCUGGUGUCGGAGUUCGAGAGCUCCUACAAGAGAUACCAGCACACGCUGAAGAAGGUGAAGAUUGGCCUCUACGUGCCCCAUGACCCCCACGUGUUCCAGCCCAUCGAGUGGAAGCACCUGGUGCUGAACGCUGCGCGCCUCGGCGUCCACGACAUGAGGAAGGAGCUGGAGAAGCACGGCCGCGACAUGAAGAUGAAGAUCCUGAAAUCGUCCAGUGCCCAGUCACCCAUCAAAGAGCGCAGUCGGGGGAAGUCCUUAUCGCCACGGAGACGUCAAGCCAGCCCACACCAGCGCUGCGCACACCGCAGAGACAAAUCGCCAGGCUCAGUGGACCGGAGGCCAGCAGAACUGAGCACCCUCAGCGACGGCUACCAGAUCCGGAUCUAACCAGUCCGGAGUCUAACAUCCCUCCAAGAAAUAGAGGGAAUACAUUUGUUUUUUCAAACUUUACUUGGUUUUGUUGUGUUCUUUUAUUUAUCAUGUCGCUCUACAUCCCCUCAAGUCAACAAAAACGACCAUCCCUGGAGCAGUGUUUUUCAUAUCCAUCGCCAGGGGUUAUGAUUCCCUCACCAUGGAAACAGAGUGAUAAAGAUAGGUGGGUGGGAUAAGAGCUGUCUUAGUUUACCUGAUGUUCAUGUCAAACAUCGACAACGCAACAACAAGGAUUUUAAUAUUAUUAUUGUUGCCGCUGCUUUUUAAAGCUUCUUAAGGCCGGACUUUAGCCCUUAGAUUAAACAUCUAGUUUUGAGUGUCAAAGAGAAGCAGUAUUUCUAAACUAGUUGCUGAAGCGACCUUGGUCUCUACUUGAACGGUUUAGGCGGUAAAUAUGGUUAAAUUCUAGUCUAAGAAAUCAGGACUCGUAACAGAGAUUACUGUGUUAUACCUUAAAAGUCCUGCCUAAAAUAAACACACAAAAUACGGCUUAAAAAGCUAUUGAACAGCCAAAACAAUGUUCAAAAAAACGUUUCUUUCAACUCCGCUGGUAUCUCGGUGGGAAAGCGAUUUGUAAGGAGAAAGGAGCAGCAUGUCGAUAAGAGGAUCAACGGUGCAUGCUGGGAAACAGAAAACGAGUGGAGCGGGUGACGGCAGGCAGGAAGGAUGAGGAAUGAGGGCAGAUGUAGAGAGCAAGAGAGCAGGGGGCAUGAGAGAGAGGGAAAGAGAGAGAGAGAGAGAGAGAGAGAGAGAGAGAGAGAGAGAGAGAGAG